GACAAGGAACAGAUCGUGAUUAAUUAAAGGCUAAGAAAAUGGCAGUUUGAGCGUCAGAAUACAUCAUUGAUUGUUACACACUAUUUUUUUUCAAUCAUACUGUAAUUAUUUUUGGCACAUCAUUGUUUUUUUAACAUCCAAAAAUCCUUAGGGGGGGCUACAAGCCUCCCUGCCCCUCCCCCUGCGUUUAGUCUGUAAGUGUGUAAAAAAUUUCGAAUUAGUCGUUAGUUAAUCACUUUAAAAACCCUUUAAAAUUCAUUUAAAAAAUUCGUUUUGUUCAAGAGUUUAAGUCAAGAAAAAAGUGGUGGAUUCUGCGUUUAAAAGUGGCUUUAAGGAGACUACUUAAAGUUACCAGAAAGACUUUGCUUUAUGCUCAUUCUUUCUUUCGCUCUUAUUUGUAGGGAGGUGGAUCAACACGUCAGGAGAUGUGUAUGAAUUACUUAUUCUACUAUCCUCGGUAUAAAGAUUUCUCAUUUUGUGACAAUACAUUUUUUGAACCUACCUGGAAAAUGAUCGACAAAUUAUUGUAAGUAUAUUUGCGUUCUUUUUUUUUUUUUUUAAACAGACUGAGCUAGUCUACCAAGACCCUACCCCGAUACCAUUGCUUUCGGUUUACCAUAAGUUUCCAAAAGCAAGCCCCAGGGCUAAUCUUUUUAAAAAUUCGGAGGAGUUAAUUUAUAUACAGAGUUAAUAUAGAUACGUUUCAAAAUUCACCUGGCAUAUAUUGGAGAUAAAAUUGUAUUAAAGAGGCGCCCAACGACUUCGUUUGACAAGUGAGAUGAAGCUUGGGCUACUUCGAUCAAAUAUUGCCUACAAACGCUUUCAUGGAAUGUAAACAGAAUUAAAAGAUUUUUACCUUCAUGUUCGAACAACAGACAAUGCUUCUCUCUCCAAACAUGCAAAUUUUAAAACAAAUUGAAUAAUACCUUGCCUUUGGCUAACUGUCGAGAUUAUGAAAAGUAAUUGGAAGAUACUAAAUCAAAUACCCAUGCCACUUAAAAAUUUUUAAACAAAGUUUUAAAAAGAAAAAAGUCAAGGUCUCAGUUAAAUACAACUGUUUAGAUCAGACCGUCUAGAGUCUCCGAUCCAGUAGAGGUAGCAAAUACCAUGCUUUUCCAAAUUUUUAGAGAGAAUCAUCUACGAUCGCUUACUUGAUUAUUUGGCUAAUUUAAAUAUUCUCCGUGACAACCAGUUCAGCUUCAGGAAAACCACUCUGGGAUACUUACCUUGCUUGAUCUGCACUAAAAACAUUUCGGCUAUGAAUCAUAGUGAACUACCGGUUGUUGUUGGUUUGUUUUUUUUUAGAUCUCUCGAAAGCUUCUGAUACCAUUAUAGUUAAUCAUUUCAUCUUAUUCGGUAAACUGGAAUACUAUAGCAUACGUGGCUUGGCUGUGAAACAGAUAAAGAGCUAUUUCUCCAGAUUUGUAGAAUACAAUGAUUGUUUCUUUUCGUGCCAACAUUAUGUGGGGCCGUCCUCAAGGUUCAAUAAUAGGACCUUUGUUUAUUUCUGUUUCACAACAAUAGACAUUGAUAUAUUACAAUGAUUCUAGGAUUCCCUAAAACAAUGGAGCUACGUGUUAUGGAGAACCAAUGAAAUUAGAGGUUUUUAGAAACUGUGCACUAUCCCCGAAAUACAUGUAAUCAACGCAUCUACAAUAUUACAAUUGAUCUUAUUUGCUGAUGAUGCCAACGAAUUUUUCUGUCUCAUAGGAUGAAAGACCACUGAUAUACUAAUAUACUGAGCACUGAGCUACUAAUUUUGUCAAUUUGGUUUAGAGUUGACAGGCUCUCGUUAGGUUUUUUUAAAAAAACUAAAUUUUAUUAUAUUUAACUCGUUUCAAAAAAGUAUAAAUCAUAACAUUCAACUUUUAAUAGAUGACCAAAAAAUUGAUCAAGUAAUUAAUUAAAAGAAACAGUUUUCUUGGGAGUAAUCGUGGAUGAAAUUUCAGUUGGAAGUCUGAAAUCCCACAUGUGGCCAACAAAAAAAGUUUCCAAAUCUGGAGGAAUAAUCGUAAAUUUACUUUUCUAUUUAUCUACAAAAACUUUACGCACAUUAAAUAUAUUUUUCUCUAGUCUAUCCAUAGUUUUUUUAAUUGAGUUUGGGCCUCCAGUUACAGAACUAGCAUUGUUCGUCUUGAAAAUGUACAGAAGCGAGUGUUUAGAAUUACAGCUAAACCUUUUCGGUGUACAUACUCCUCCAACGGUAUCUUAAUAUUCCAUGAUAUAUACUUAAUACGUACAACAAAGCUUGUUCAUGUACUCCUAUGCAAACCGUACUCUAGCUUCAAAAUUUCAUUUUCUUGUAAAUUUACUUUACGAAAUCAAAUCGUAUAACGUACACAAGAAACUCAUAAAUUUCGUUUGGCUUUCUGUCCAACUCGCGCCAGUAAAUAUUACCAUAUUCUCACAAAAAUGUGGAAAAAAUUUUUAAUAUUCAACUUUUGUAAAUUUUCCUUAUUAUUCUCUUGUUAUAUAUUAUUCCUUUUUAUAAAUAAUUGUAUUCGUUGCCGUAACUUUUAUUAUCAUCUGUGAAAAUUGUAAUUGAGGAGGCCUAAUUGACGUAAGCGCUAUAGUUUCUUUUAGACCUCUUCGCCAUUAGUUUCUCCAUUUUUGUUUCUUUUUUAUUAUAGUAUUAUCUGUUUGGCAAAUAAAUAGACUACAAAUAUAAACAAACCAUUUGAGACACGUGUGACGUAUUUGCAAAUAUCAGGUCGUUGGGUGCCCCCGAUAUUUUUGCAUUGACUUCAACGCAACUGCAACCUUACCAUGCUUAGCUAAGGUUAUGAUAACUAUGACCUACAAUAUUGUCCGCAAGGCAUGGUAUUUCUUUAGCUUCAUAUUCAACCGUUAGGUAAGGUCAGACCCAUUUAGCCCUCAGUCCAGAGUUGCGUUUUACCCUAAGAAUGUUUCUUAAAAGUAGUUUUUUUAAAAAACAAACAUAGAAUAUACCCGUUAAGGACCAUAGUCAGAGAUAAAUUUCUAGCGAGGUAAUAAUCUGUUUAUCCAACGAUGUAAAUGUACCGCCUUGCAAAUGUAGUUUAAUGACUAAAAAUAUCGUUAGUUUUGGUCAUUGUUCCUGUUUAUUAAAGUUUGCGAAGUGAUAAACUUGUGAAUUGCCAUGUUUGAAAAUUCUGCAAAGAUCUAUUUUUAAACUUUCGCGUGAUUUGAUCCGUCAAUCAAAUCGUACUUUUUAAUGGUUUCCUCUCUGAUUUUGUUCAGAUCACUUCGUGUGUAUAUACUAAAACAAUAAUUAUUCUUUUCAAUCCGGGUGAAUAGCGGCUUUAGGAAUAUUUGCCUCGUCGCUUCGCGCCUCGGUAAAUAUGUAGCCACUAUUCACCUCGAUUUCAAAGAAUAAUUGUUAAAUAGAGCUGAUCCUCUUGUUUUAGUCCCAAGGUGAAUAUACCUCCCAGUUCAAAAUACUGGACACCUCUUGACCGCUGGCCAAUCCAUUGGACUGAUGAAGUAGCAAACGACCUAAGGAAAUAUUACAACGAGCUUGAUACUUUGAUACCCGGAUGUUGGGUUAAACGUAUAUUUUCUAGAGCGGUGAGUAUGGUUGAGAUAACAAGCUUCCUUUUCAGAGGUCUUAAAAUCCAGUUUUGUGACAAAACCGAGAGAACCGAACUCAGAGAGAUCAGACAUCUGGGUUUUAAGAUUAAUCAAACUAAACUUCUAGUGGAGGAUACAGCAGGGGAGAGCAGCUUAACACCGUGCUCGGAAAAACUGCUUCACAAAAAGUGUUACCGCAGCAGGCAAAAUAGUAUCUUGUUGCACACUGUGAGUAAUAAUUAAGACAAUUAAGCUCGAGGUGAAAUGGUUUUCUCAUUUCAUUCAUUCAGUGUAAGAUUGUGUAGUACCAGAAAAAAUUCGUACCCCCCACCCCUCCUCCUCUUACCCUCCACGGAAAGAAAAGGAAAUUACGACGAGAGAGGGGACCAAAAGGAGGCAAUUUUCGAGGGGGUGGGGGUAGUUUCUCGAGGUAUUUUUUUUCCGGGGGCUCCAAUUGCAAGUAAGAUUGCCAAGUUAUAUCUUCUUUGUUGGGCAAGCUAUCAUUUACUUUAUUGUCAACGGUGUUUUAAAACAAUAACUACUAUACGGUUUCAUCGAUGAUCUGCUAUUUAUUUUAAGGACGGCUGAAUGCUUUUUUCACGGCUUACGCGAUAGAUAGUUUUAUGGACUCAUGAAUCAACGUUCGGUUGUCAAGCUCUUGUUGCUGAUUAGGCCAGUAAUGUGGUCGCGUUCUAAGCUUUCUUGUAGCAUGUUUUUAACUGAAAGGAAGUAAUUGAAUUCCACUCAGUGUUCAGUUAGAAUUUAACUGGCUCUUUUGCAGAUGGCAUCGUUUGUGUCGUGUAAGGUAUCGUCUCCAUGUUUCGCAGUGACUUGAGAGAUUAUUAACUAAAUUAUUAACUAAGAAAAACUGUUCCAAGGCAAAAUUGAGAUAAUUAGACACGUAUUAACAUGAAUAAAAGAAUUGUCCUCUCCUUAUCGCAGAAAGAAUUAUCUUUCGCAUAAUAGUAUUAGUGCACCACAAUUUUUGACGAAGUAUUCUUUCCAAGGGGUACCUAACCAAGUUGAAAAAUUACGGAAAUUCCAGGGGGUGGGGGGUCUAAGGCAAAAGGCCCCUGUGGUGGGUAUGGAUACUUUCUGGAACUACACAUUAAUGUGUGUAAACUCGUGUGUAGAUACGUUUUGUUCGUUUUUUCUUGCUAUCCAAUGGUAACUUUUAAUAAGGCGAUAGGAGCUUGUCACUGCCUCUACUUUUAUCCUAAGUUCUUCGGACAUGUGCGCGAACAACAGAGAAGUGUCCAUUAAAAAAAAGAAGAGAAAGAAAGGUAUUGGUGGCUAACACUAUGAAACAUCACGAAAUAACACUAAUUAAUGAUCCACAAUCUCUUUUUUGCGCCUCCUAUUGUUAUUACCCAGUAGGCAUUUCUUUUCGCAAAGAUUCAGAAGGUCUGUAGGUAAACAAUGCGAAGUUAUUAACUUAAAACAAACUGGUAUAAAAUAUUGUGCACAGUACGUACAUGUAUCAUAGUUUAUAUGAUUGUGGUCCUUUUCACGAUAUUAUGCAAGAAAAGGCCCCGCUUAGCCUUGAAUCUGAGUGAACAGAAAAAGACUCCUCAUUCACAUUGGAAGCUGAUUGCUACCACUAGCAUUCAUAAAAAUAAUCAAUACAUUCUUGGCUGGUAUUUUGAAAAAAAAGGGGCACCAGCAGAUGACGGGUUUUUCCAAGUUUUACAUCCCCACUGGCUUCCUCGUCUGAUGAUCUAAGAUGUUAAAUAUUCUUUGAGGCAUUUGAAUGUUGCUUUAAAGCAGCAUCCCAGUAGUAACGGUUUGUUUUUAUGGGGACUCCUCGUAAAUUACUUUAUACUUGCGAUGUGAACUAAGAUGAUAAAUAUUCCGGCGUAUGACCCGUCUUGUUCGAACUGUUAAAAUAGCAUCUCGAUAGUAGAAGUUUGUUCGUACAGGGGGCCAGCGAAAAUUCCUUUAUGCAGGAGUGACGUUUCCAUAUGCAUAUUUCUUAGCUUUACUCAUGAUACGCCCGAUAAUGCACUAUAGCACAAUUAAAUGACCUUCGGUUUUUUUUCUUUCGGCUUCUUUUACAGGACGCAACGGGCCCACUUCCAAACCGCAGAGCGCCGAGACCGAAAAUCACAGAGCCGCUUCCCCCUAAGAAAAUGUGUCCUAUUCAAUCAGCAUCCGAAGGUUCUCUUGCGAGGUUCAAUAUUCUUGCACUGAAUCUCACAGAGCCUCCACCCCACGAGAAGACGUCUCCCAAUCAGUUAGAGUCAGGAGCAGACAUGAAUGCGUCCUUCGCCCUUUUUUUUGGCAUUCUGAAUGUUGUGAUUCAGGCUUUCAACUGAUUGAAGUGAUACAAUCUAC